AAUGUCCUCUGAAGGUCGCUCAGGAAAAAAAGGAGAGGUCAGGUAUACCUGAUGUACUGCGAUUGCACGGAAAACCAGGGAGCCUGGAAGGUGGUCAGUGGGAAGUCUGGCCUGGGUCCUGAGAACAGCUGGGAAGAAAUGUGGCUGCUGUUGGCCUUAUUGAGCAUCUUUCAAGGGACACCAACCUUGUCCCUUGAGGCCUCUGAGGAAAUGGAGCAGGAGCCCUGCCUAGCCCCAGUCCUGGAGCAGCAAGAGCAGGUGUUGAUGGUGGCCCUGGGGCAGCCUGUGCGGCUGUGCUGUGGGCGUACUGAACGUGGUCGUCAUUGGUACAAGGAGGGCAGCCGCCUGGCAUCUGCUGGGCGAGUACGGGGUUGGAGAGGCCGCCUGGAGAUUGCCAGCUUCCUUCCUGAGGAUGCUGGCCGAUACCUCUGCCUGGCACGCGGCUCAAUGACCGUCGUACACAAUCUUACUUUGCUUGUCGAUGAUUCCUUAACCUCCAUUAGUAAUGAUGAGGACCCCAAGACAUUCAGCAGCUCCUCGAGUGGGCGUGUCUACCCACAGCAAGCACCCUACUGGACACACCCCCAACGCAUGGAGAAGAAACUGCAUGCAGCAGAUUCUGUCAUCUCCCUGUCCUGGCUUUCCUGGUCCCCUACAGACACUUCCUCUACCCCUGUCUGCUUCCAGCUUCGCCACCAACACUGGAGUCUGGUGAUGGAAAGUGUGGUGCCCUCAGACCGUGGCACAUACACGUGCCUUGUGGAGAACCCUCUGGGUAGCAUUCGCUACAGCUAUCUGCUGGAUGUGCUGGAGCGGUCCCCGCACCGGCCCAUCCUGCAGGCGGGGCUCCCAGCCAACACCACAGCUGUGGUCGGCAGCAACGUGGAGCUACUGUGUAAGGUGUACAGUGACGCGCAGCCCCACAUCCAGUGGCUGAAACACAUCGUCGUCAACGGCAGCAGCUUCGGCGCCGAUGGCUUCCCCUACGUACAAGUCCUGAAGACAACAGACAUCAAUAGCUCAGAGGUGGAGGUCUUGUAUCUGAGGAACGUGUCCGCUGAGGACGCUGGAGAGUACACCUGUCUGGCGGGCAACUCCAUCGGUCUCUCUUACCAGUCAGCCUGGCUCACGGUGCUACCAGAGGAAGACCUCACAUGGACAACAGCAACACCUGAGGCCAGAUACACAGAUAUCAUCCUAUAUGUAUCUGGCUCGCUGGCUUUGGUUGUGCUCCUGCUGCUGGCCUGGGUGUAUCACCGACAAGCGACCCACGGCCACCACUCUCGCCAGCCUGUCACUGUACAAAAGCUGUCCCGUUUCCCUUUGGCCCGACAGUUCUCUUUGGAGUCGAGGUCCUCUGGCAAAUCAAGCUUGUCCCUGGUGCGAGGUGUCCGACUCUCCUCCAGUGGCCCGCCCUUGCUCACGGGCCUUGUGAGUCUAGACCUACCUCUCGACCCACUUUGGGAAUUCCCCCGGGACAGGCUGGUGCUCGGAAAGCCCCUGGGUGAGGGCUGCUUUGGGCAAGUCGUCCGUGCAGAAGCGUUUGGCAUGGAUCCCUCCCGGCCUGACCAAACCAGCACCGUGGCUGUGAAGAUGCUGAAAGACAAUGCCUCCGACAAGGAUUUGGCAGACCUGGUGUCUGAGAUGGAGGUGAUGAAGCUGAUUGGACGACACAAGAACAUCAUCAACCUGCUGGGUGUCUGCACUCAGGAAGGGCCCCUGUACGUGAUUGUGGAAUAUGCGGCCAAGGGAAACCUUCGGGAAUUCCUCCGUGCCCGGCGCCCCCCAGGCCCUGAUCUCAGCCCUGAUGGGCCUCGGAGCAGCGAAGGACCACUCUCCUUCCCGGCCCUGGUCUCCUGUGCCUACCAGGUGGCCCGAGGCAUGCAGUAUCUGGAGUCUCGGAAGUGCAUCCACCGGGACCUGGCUGCCCGAAAUGUGCUGGUGACCGAGGAUGAUGUGAUGAAGAUCGCUGACUUUGGCCUGGCCCGUGGUGUCCACCACAUUGACUACUAUAAGAAAACCAGCAAUGGCCGCCUGCCAGUCAAGUGGAUGGCUCCUGAGGCGUUGUUUGACCGUGUAUACACACACCAGAGCGAUGUGUGGUCUUUUGGGAUCCUGCUGUGGGAAAUCUUCACCCUCGGGGGCUCCCCAUACCCUGGCAUCCCAGUGGAGGAGCUGUUUUCACUGCUGCGAGAGGGGCACAGGAUGGAGCGGCCCCCAAACUGCCCCUCAGAGCUGUAUGGGCUAAUGAGGGAGUGUUGGCAUGCAGCUCCCUCUCAGAGGCCUACUUUUAAGCAGCUGGUGGAAGCUCUAGACAAGGUCCUGCUGGCUGUCUCUGAAGAGUACCUUGACCUCCGCCUGACCUUUGGACCCUUUUCUCCCUCCAAUGGGGAUGCCAGCAGCACCUGUUCCUCUAGUGACUCGGUUUUCAGCCACGACCCUUUGCCGCUCGAGCCAAGCCCCUUCCCUUUCCCUGAUGGGCAGACAACAUGAACCGGGGAACAGUGUCGUACAGGCUGGUAGGCCCAUGGCUGUGGGUCUCCUAGCUCGGCUGCAACCUGAUGUAUCAGCAUUUGACAUUGGCAGUGUCAGACUCUGACUUGAGUCUACUCAAGUACUUGAGUAGUCUCUGACUUGAGACUACUGCUGUCUCAGAUCCUCUCUCUGGCCCUGUGUUGGGGACGCUCAUUCUUGGUCCUAAGGUUCAUACAUAGUUCAGGCCUUCUGUUCUAGCCUUAUGUUCCCAACUCCGAGUUCAACUCUAGCCUCAAGAUCAUGGCCUCAUCCUUGGACUCAUCCUCAGAGAAGCUAAGCAUUGAGGCCUUGACACAUAGCCUCCAUCCCAGGGGUUCUCCAGGCCUGGCUGCAAAGCUUUUGUCCUAAACAUUUUUAGUCCCCCCAAACAACCUAGAGGCCUCGGGACUUCACUGCCCCCAGCCCACAAGCCUCACCUCUACCCCAGCCCCUUUGCUUGUUCCAGCAUCUUGGUGACAGGGCCAUCAGCUCUGGUGUCCCUGAGAGAAGAGAAACCUGUGGAAAAGACAGAAGAACAUGGCAUUUUAUAAAUUAUUUUUUUGAAAUAAAUCUCUGUAUGCCUGG